UGGGCGCCUCGGCGAAUGUAAGGACCCGAGACAGAAUCAGAGCCCUGUAUCACAUACAGCAGCAUAUACCCCAUUAUAAAUAGGGACUGUAAAUAUACAAUACACUAAAAUAAAUGGAUUUAUCCACCGGGGAUCUAUAAUAGACACUCAAUGGAUGCAGUGCACCUGAACAGGACAGGGAAUUUAACUUUCCGCCUAUGCGUGGGAGACACUAAGAAGUUUGUUUCCUACCCCUGGAGAGGGAGCUACUUUUAAGGGCAAAGGAUACAGGAGACUCCGAGGCCGAGCUACAGGCCUACUGGUCUGGUUGGAUUUGAUGUUGGGAUACUCUAAGGACUUUCGACUGUACUUCAAUUUGUUUUGCUUGUACAAGUUUGGAAUGCCUCUUUAGGUCCCUCAUGACCGUGAGCCGUGGGCUACGGCUCAGCGGCGCCCCACCUCUGGAGUGGUCUGUUGCCGUAGUUGGGACCCUGUGAUUCCUCUCCUCACCUCUCCUCCUCCCCCAUCCCAUCCUGUCCCGUCCCGUCCCUCCCCCUCCCCUUCCUCCCCCCUCUUCCCCCCCUCCCACGCGUCGCUGUGCUGGACGUCAUGAGCAUAGUAAUCGCGCUGGGAGUCACCACACCUGAAACCUCUUACUCAGAUAUGGCUGCUGGAUCAGACCCUGAGUCAGUUGAAGCAAGUCCUGCUGUGAAUGAGAAAAACUACAACAACCACAGCUGUGGGAGUGCACAGAGUCAUGGGUAUCGGGGACUACCAUAUGCUAUGCAACAGUCUUCCGUUGUGUGUUGUCAGGAUCACAACUAUGGCGCGCCCCCUCCCCCCACCCCACCCGCCUCCCCGCUCUCUCAAACCAUCAUUCCCCGCAUGGAUCUCAACGGCGUGGUACGCGGCUCCCGCUAUCACGAAACUACUGAGGACAACUCAGCAGACAGCGACAGCUCCUCAGAGGAGGAUGGGGCUGUGGCCAGCUGGUGUCACUGCAGCCUGACGCCGGACGGCCUGCUCAUCAAAUGUGACAACUGCAGGGGACUCGACAGGAGGAAAGGAGCAGAAGGCCAACACAGAAAAACAGAAAAUGUCUCAGCUGGAGAGAGCAGUGCCACUGAGAGUGGGGAUGAAGAGGUGUCGCCUUCCACUAUCUCCUACACUGCUACCCAGCAUACACCAACCAGCAUCAAACUUACUGUCAACCGGGUCAAAAGGAGUAAAUCCAAAAAGAGGAAGAAGAGUACAGAGAAGGCCCGUGGAACGCCAAAGGGCAAGAAGGUCAAGGCUUUCAGAGAGGGUUCUCGGAAGUCCAUGAGGAUGAAGAACUCAACAACUGAGGCUAAUGUUUUGGAUGAGAACACAGCAGAGGGUUGGGAGAGCAGGAUCCGCCAGUGGACGGACCAGUAUGAGGAGGCUCUGGCCAACCAGUAUAGCGCUGAUGUCCAGACACUUCUCCAGCUUCACCGCACUGCCAGCACCACCGUCUCAAAGGCUGAGAGCGGCACCGCAACUCCUCCUUCCACCACACAGAUCCACGCCUCAAUUGACGCCAUGGACACCAUAAACCGUACUGAGCUGGCCUGCAACAACACAGUGCUGGGCUCACAGAUGCAGCUCCAGUUGGGGCGGGUAACGCGGGUUCAGAAACACAGGAAGAUCCUCCGAGCAGCCAAGAACUUGGAACCUGACACACUCAUCAUUGAAUAUCGGGGAAAGGUCAUGCUCAAACAACAAUUUGAAGUCAACGGGCACUUCUUCAAAAAACCCUACCCAUUUGUGCUGUUCUACUCAAAGUUUAAUGAUGUAGAGAUGUGUGUUGACGCAAGGACCUUUGGAAAUGAUGCACGUUUCAUCAGGAGGUCAUGUACACCCAAUGCAGAGGUUCGUCAUAUGAUUGCUGAGGGCAUGAUCCAUCUGUGUAUCUACGCCGUUGGUCAAAUCACAAAGGAUGCUGAGGUCACCAUUGGAUUUGACUACGAGUUUAAUAGCUGUAAUUACAAAGUGGACUGUGCCUGCCAUAAGGGCAAUCAGAACUGCCCGGUGCAGAAGCACAACCUGAGCCCCAGGGAGAGCUUGUUGAGUCCCCCCUCCCUGCCACCUCCCUCCCCUCCGGUUGGUGCUGAGACCCGACGGCGAAAAGCCCGGAGAAGAGAGCUGGAGGGCUGCCUCGCGGGUGACAGUAACCAGACCUUGGAUCAGCACCAGGAUGCCAAAGAACUGCAGGGGAAUAGUGACACAGAGGAGAGACUGCUGGAUGAUGUAAAGGUGGAAGAGGGAGAGGAUGGAGAGGUGGAUGAAAAUGGGGUCGCCAUCUCCAAUAAGAGAACAUGUAACAGCCUGGAAAGGAGGCGGAGGAGAGUUGGAGGGUCAGAGAUAAAGGAGGAGGGUGUGGAAACUGAAGAUGGGGCAGGAACCCCUGCAGGGAACACCCCCAUACCCCACAACACUGGAGUUGGGGUCAGCACACGACGCACCACCUACGUUAUGGAAGCACCAUCUAUUGAAGAAAAGACCUCAUUACCCAACCUGCCUGCCCCGGUUGCUCCCCCUAAACCUACACGACCUACCAAGCCUCGGCCCAAAAGUCGGAUUUCUCGCUACCGGUCAAGCUCGUCCCAGCGCGCCCGGCGCCAGCGUCAAACCCUCGCCCAACAGGCGGCAGCAGCAAUGGCAGGAACACAGUCAUCAGCUGAUCAGGGUGCUGCUCUGGACGAGGAGGGAUCUCAGGGCCCAUAUGGUGCUGAACAUGGCCACGGAGAGAGCAGUCUGGGUGGUCAUCUCCUAGAUGGAGAUGGCCAGGGUCUGAACUGCAUAAAUAGAGGCAAUUUGCGCUACCCCAAGACCAAGAAGUACCUGGUGACAGAGUGGUUGAAUGACAAGGUCCCUGCAGGGGAGAAGGUCCACCAAGAGGUGCCUGUUGAGCGCCCACUGCGGAUAACCACUGACCCCACGGUGCUGGCCACCACCCUCAACAUGCUGCCAGGCCUCUCCCAUUCAUCGCUCAUCUGCACCGCACCCAGACACUACGUCCGCUUCGGCUCCCCCUUCAACCCUGAGCGACGCCGGCCCCGCCCACUUCAAAUGGACGGCACUUAUGGCUGCUACAAGAAGAGAUGGAUAAAGCAGCUGGAGGAUGAGAGCUGUUCUGCCAGCGUGGAGGAUGGCACAGAGUCCACCUCCUCCCAGCAAAGUACCAGUAGCAGAUCCACCCCCAACCCCCUGUCCAGCGAACUCAAUGCACCAUUUAAAAAGCGGCGCUUCAAGUAUACGGCGGAGACAACACCAGCACCCUCAGACCAUCUGCUUCGCCCACUGUCACCCAUCACCCCACCGCUCCCAGAGGACUCCCUCCACCCGCUGCUCCACAACCCCUGUGGCUCCUUAUUGCCCAAUGGCCUGGCCUACUCACCCAUGCCCUCGCUUCCCGCCAGUCGCUGCAACACACCGCUGCAAUUUGAAAACAUAUCAUCUCCUGAGGCGUCUCCAGUUCACCGGCCAGAGUCCAUCUCUCCUGAGCCAUGUCUUCAGACAGACUUUGACAUCCCUCGGCCUCAGUUCCCGGAUCUGUCACUCCCCUCCAGCUUGGAGAGCCCUGCGGCUGUGACCUCAGAUGACUUUUCCCUUCCUGGAGGCCCCUCAGGCCAUGAUUCCCAGGGCCCAUCCUCUCUAGGGACCAGUUCCCUAAACCCAGUGUCCUGUCCUUCCUCAGACCUACCCCCCCAAAACAGGGAGCAGGCCUUCAGGACAGAGUUCAACCUCAUAUACACCUGCUCCCCCCUCAACGCAAACCUGGGAAACCCUGUGGCCACAGACCGCCGACUCUCCCAGUCAGAAGGUGGCUUCUCCCCCGCAGAGUCCUUCCACAGUUCCAUGAGUGGCCAGGGGCUGCUGGGAGAUGUGGGCCUCGGCUCCAUGUCACCAUACAGCGAGCCUCAUUAUGGGGGAGGCUAUCCAGAUAGUGGCACACCUCCUCACACCAGCAACCCACCACAAAAGAAGAAGGUGUCUUUGCUGGAGUACCGUAAGAGGAAGCAGGGAAGUGGACGAGACUCAGAGCCAGUCGGGAUCAGCUCAUCUUUGGGCAGCACCCCCACCCGGCCUGGCUCCCACUACAUCCAGGACUCCCAUCAUCCCCUUUCCCAUCAGCAGAUGCAGCCCCCUGCCUCCCCACACAGCUCCUUCCCUUCCUCAGCACACAUGUCCAUCCCACAGAUAGAGGAGGUCAGUCCUCCAGACCACCAGGGCUCAUCAGUGCAGUCCAGACGGCAGGACAGCAGCAACCAGUGGAUGGUCCCCACUACUGUUGAACGUCUAAGGGAAGGUCAGGGGGUUCUGGAGCGAGUACUCAGAAGCAUCAAGAUGGAGCGGAAUUACAAGAGGAAUGAUGGAUCAGCAGAGAAGGAAUCUGAUACAGAUCGAUAUGAGGUGCAGGCAGUGUCCAUGGCUUCUCCCAUGAAGAGUCCACACAGAUACAGUCCAUCUGUGUACUCACACCAGUCAUCAGAAAGCCACCGGCAGACGGACAGCCCCUCGUUCCUCCAGCAAACCUCCAACUCUCCAUUCCGGGGUUCCUAUAGUCCCUCGUCAGGCCAGAGCCUCUACCCACGCAUCGCCUCCUCUCACCCGGGACUGUCCCAGGACCAUCCUCCAUCCUCCUAUCCCAGUCACAACCCCACCACAACCUCGUCCUCAGACUCCAGGCUGCCAGUGGGCCCUCUACACCAGCAGAGUGGCAGCAGUAAUGUGGAUGGAGGCCACAGCUACAGCAACAGCCACUUAAAAGCGAGCCUUUUGAACAGCAGCGGCCUGGUGGGGACUCCCACCCCAGGACCCAGGGCCCAUGGGCAGACUAAAAUGGACUCUGGCGCCCAGGCCUCCAGAGGGAGUCAGCAGCAGGCAUCUCGCAGCCUGAAGUCAGGCAGUCCGGGCCAGACGGCGCUACAGGCCGGCCCCAGGCUGCUGUCAGCCUCCGGACCGACACACUACCCGCAGCGAGGGACAAGCCUCAGUCAGUUCCAGCACUCCCCUCUCCAGGGACCUGGAGUAAGGACACAGUCAGGAAGCUUUUAGGACCUUGUUCAAGUGUGUGUAUGUGUGAGUGAGUGUGUGCGCGUGAGUGUGUACGAAGCUGCGUACCUCCUCGACCCCUAAAGCUGCAGUGAAAUGGAGCUCAGGGAGUUUGAGGAGGGGAAAUGUACAGACCUAAGAGGAGCAAAGACUUCUUUACAGAUUUCUCUUUUUCUUAUUUUCAGUCUUUUCUUUCUUUCUUUUCAGGAUAAAAAAACAAAUUACCACAUUCUGCACAAAGCUAAUCAUUGACUUUCGACGUCAUUAUGGAAUCAGUGGAAAAAGUGAUUUGGAUGACACAUUCUGAAAAAAAAACAAAACAAAUCACAUGUAACUUGAAAUUGUCCCCAGUGUUUCCUCUUGUGCCAGACUGUGCAAACAGGCUCUAUAAUGUCGGAAAGUUUAAACUUCCACACAAAUGUCUGUACAAAGUUCUAAAAAGCUGUACAUGUCAUCAUGGCACCCAGGUUGGAUAAAUGCUGAGAUGCAUAUGUAACUGAAAGCAAGAGUUGUUUUAUUUUAUAAAUUUUCUUUGGUCAGCGUUACUUUUUGAUUUGGCGAGUGGCCGAGUCUGUGCUGCAGUAAAUACGUGUUUGAUUUGGAAAGGGGGAAAUAAUGAAAGCAAAGGCGACAUGUUAAUCAUCCGUUCUAAAGAUGCAUUAGAGAGGCGGGGAGGAGGGGUUCUCCCUGGAUAGGAUCAUUCCAUGUGAUUACCAGCUUCCGUGUUCUCUCACUAAACAUGAAAACAGCCCUUCUUUUGUCGAGGUUCUCCGUCUUUUCCGGUGUUCUGUUGUUUUGGGUUCUCUUCUGUUCUCUCAUCCCCACUGGACUGUAUUGACUUCACAUUAGGACUACUUCACUGUAGACUUCUGAUAUUGUACUUGAGACAUACAGGUCUUAUGAAUCAUGGUGCUGCAUUCAUGUUUUUUUCCAAUAAAUUUGAAAUCCAGUUAUGUUCCCCACAUGUGGCUGGCUGCAUUCAUCUUGUCAUUAUAUCACUUGAAAUCAGUUUUGUUGUUUUUCUCCAAAUUCAUACUAAUCAUAUAUUGUAGUGAUGGGUUGCAGGAACAAAAUAAGAGAGACAUAAUUUCUAAGUUAAAAUGUUUGGUUUGACUGUUUUAUCCUGUAGAAUAUAUAUAUAUAUAUAUAUAUGUAUAUAUAUAUAGUUAUUUUGUUUUUUUCCUGACCAAUCCUUGCAUUCCAUGUGACGCCGAAGAAAACUGGGAAAGGGAUCUCUGAGCGAGUGUUUGGAUUGUUUAGAAAAACCUAGGUUAAAAAAAGCUGCUAUGUUCUCCCGUGAGAGCUGCCUCCCUUUCCACAGAAUGCUGUAUUUUUGUUUUUCCUUUUAACUCUGAUCCUCAUAAACUGACUUGUAAGAAAGAGACAGUUCUCCUGACCGCAGCAGUGGGACCUCAAACCAACGUUAAGCUGACAGCUGGGCGGCAGCAGGAGUUGCCCUUUCCUCCCUCUGAGACUUUUGUUUUGGACCGAAUGUGGAAAACAGCCACGUUUGUGUGGAAGACUUCACGGACCGAGGCCUGGUCAUAAGGCUGGACCCUACCCACCACUACACCCCCCCUCCCCAGUCCACAAACAAACAGAAGGGUACUCAUGUUACAUGAUUGUUUGACAAAUUGAAAAAAAAUUAAGUUGUGACCCAAAAUUAACCAGCACCUUAAAAAUGAAAAAAAUACAACCUAAAAGACACAAUAGGACAAUAUGUAUGAUUAUGUGUACUUGUAUAGAAAGAAAUGUGAUAUAGACUUGUAUGGAGAAAAUAUAGUACACUGAAUUUAUCGCAUGAUAUUUGUUUUUAGGGUCUGAGUGACCAACUUUGUCAGAUGGUUGGAAGCUAAUCAUUGGGUCUGUUCCUGGAUUCCUCCAAAAACCAGACGCUGCAUUCUUUUUGUUUUGUAAAGUUCAUUCUGUUGGUUUGGUUUUAUUUUUACACAGAUCAUAGUAGUAACUAUUUCAAUUGUUCCCCUCCACAAGGUUUAAAGAGCAAGAGAUGUAAUGCAUUUUGAUAAUAAAAUAAUCAUGAUGGUAAUGUA